AUGUCAACUGAUGUUUCAAAAUUGAACGAAGAAUCUCAUGAAAAUGAGAAUAGUGAAAAUGUAGUAGAUAACGUUGACAAAGACCCUUACAAACUAAAAAAUGCCGAAUAUAUAAAGCCUUCCAGUAAAUAUAAGAAUAAACAAAAGAUUUUGGUCUUCGGAAACAAAAGGAUAUCGCAACUUGGAAGAAACCUGUUGAAGGACCUAAUAGCUCUCCUUCCACAUCAUAAACCAGAAUCUAAAUGGGAUAGUAAAUCUGGAUAUAAGGAAAUAAACGAAUUAUGUGAACUGAACAGUUGUACUGGAGCCUUGUAUCUGGAAUCCAGAAAAAAUGAGAUGAUAAUGUGGAUGGCAAAAACACCUAAAGGUCCAACUCUGAAAUCAAGAGUUACAAAUAUACAUACACUCAAGGAUUCUACCUUUACUGGAAACUGUUUGGCAAGGUCAAGGCCAUUGUUGACUUUUGACAAGUCUUUCAGUGAUGAACCUUACCUUAAACUGAUUCAAAAGUUAUUUUCUCAGAUACUAGGUACACCGAACAAUCACCCAAAGAGCAUGCCCUUCCACGACCACUGUUUAUCAUUUUUCUUUGUUGAUAACAGAAUACACUUAAGGCACUACCAAAUAAGUCCUAAAAAUGAGUUUUCAAUGAAUUCAGUGGAUAAUCAAGUGCUCGAUGAAAUAGGGCCUCAGUUUGUUCUAGAACCCAUUUUGAUUCUAGACGGAAGUUUUUCUGGGAUUACACUGUGGCGUAAUUCCAAAUAUAUAUCUCCAUUGAUGGUUAAGAGGUAUGAGCGUCAACUGAAGAUGAAUAGGAGGAGGAUUCCUAGGAAAAAGAAGGUAAUUUUAGUUUUAGAAGAUAACGUUCAGUUACCUGAAGAUGAAUUGUCUAUAUCUAAUGUGUUUUCCAUACCAGAUCGGAAAUAA